UAAAUUCAAAUGAAUAACUUCAUUUUGUCAAUGGGAUUAGAGUUGAAAGCAUAUACAUUCCUUUAACAUAGACGAAAACAGAAAUGUAUGGAAUUAAAGCAAAUGCUAUGGGAUGAGAAAUAGUCUGAAUUCAGUUUUAGACCUACAGUGGCAGUUUUUUUAACAGUCAUCUACGCUGCAUGUUUUUUUUUAAACGUGAUAUGCAGUUUAUGAAGCUUUAUCCUGAUGAAGAGAGACAUUAUAAACUGCAGUUGAAGAAUUCUGAAACAAAGCCUCGAGUGCCAUCUGAACUUUUCUUGUAAAAUAAGCAUUUUCUCAGCCUGUUUAUAUUCAGGUUUUACAAUUUAAAGGCAAUAAAAAUAACAUUCUUUGCAAUAACUGAAAUUACUGAAUUUACACAGGAGUCUGAGAAUAGUUAUUUUUAGAAGAAAUUACAGCACUUUGGAGGCUCUUGCACGUGUGAAGCUGUUGGCUUCUUGAAAGAAAUCAUACAUAAAAAUACAGUUCUGCAAUUUGCUCAAAAGAUAUCUUGAAGAAUGGUGGUAACUUGAUGGCCCUCGUUGGCUUGGUUUGGAAAAUAAUGUGAAAAUAGUGGUAAAGUUUGGUAAAUGAUGGUAAAUAUUUUCAUUUUUGUGGUGAGUUAUGACAACGGCCUAACUUGUUUUUAAUUCGAGAUUAAACGUGAAGUUGUUUCGCUUGUGCUGUUUGUCAGUGAAUCGAGUUCUGUGUAUGAUGCUUUUGUCAAAAGGACUAAUAUUGUGGUGAGGUUGUGGUCAAAGUUUACUCACAGCGAGUAAACGUUUAUUGUAGUUAAGAAAGGGUUAAAGUCUAUGCUGUGACGUCAAAAAGAUUUAAUGUUUUGAUUUCGCCAGAAUUCCGGAAGCUGUGUCACACCGACUGUUUUCUUCUGUGCGCUUACUGAAUAUAAUUUGGACUUUUAUUACUGAACGUAGUCGUUUUCAGAGACGUAUGUCGUUUGUCAGAUGCAAUGAACAUUCUGAGGUCUGUUUGCAUGUAAUCUUAACAUUCGUUCAUGAUAAAUAACCAUGGGGAACGGAAUGAAUAAGGUCAUUGAUGGUCUCUAUCUAGGAAAUAUAAGAGACUCAGAGAACAGAGACAGUCUGUCCCGCAAUGGCAUCACCCAUAUCCUCUCUGUCUGCAACAAUGCAAAGCCUGUGUUAGAGAAACACUCCACAUGCUUGAUCAGUCUUCAGCUGAGGUGUCUCUGCAGCCUCUACUGCAUCCAGGAGGAACAUUUGAUCAUGUGCUGGAUCAUCAGGCUUAUAACCUCCAGGCAGAAAAAAGAUAUGACCUAUCUGUGCAUUAAUGCAGCUGAUGCCUCCAGUCAAAACUUGUCUCAACACUUCAAAGAAUCCAUACGCUUUAUCCACGAGUGUCGACUUAAUGGAGGGGCAUGUCUAGUUCAUUGUCUUGCUGGAGUGUCUCGAAGUACCACUGUGGUGGUGGCUUACCUCAUGACAGUCACCAGCUAUAGCUGGCAAGAGUGUCUUACUGCGGUGAAGGCUGUGCGCUCUUUUGUGGGCCCAAACUAUGGCUUCCAGCAGCAGCUGCAGGAGUUUCAGAUGAAACAGGUGUCAGAGUAUCAGGCAUGGUUGCGGUCCAGCUAUAGAUCCAGCCCAUUUAAAGACCAGGAACAGGUUGAAGCUUUACUGAGUCUGUUUGCAGAACAGCAGCAACAAGGACAACAAAAUGAUCCGGAGUGGAUGAGCCAGGGCUCUCGCAUCUAUCCUCUGUCCUACAACCAAUACAGUGCCUCGGGCAGCAACAGGUGAUAGCAGUCUUGACCCCGUCUCCGCUGUCCACCUGAUUUAAAUCCUGACUGGACUAUUAGAGCAUGUGUGGCGAUCACACGUGUGCAGAUCAUUUAAAAAAAGAGAUCACAGAACACUUUAGAUUACAGUCAUGCUGAUGUGAGCAUUCUGAAAGCGUUAAUAGUGAAUUCAUUAACCAUCGAUGACUCAAAGAGUAUUGGUUCCUUCAUAAGUUGUUGAAAUCUGAUAGAGUUAGUCGCCAGCAUUGCUGUAUUUUAAAAAAAAACCCAUCCCCCACUGCCCUACCCCCAAAAUGAUAAGGAUGUCUUUAGAUCUUUUAGUUGUUCGACAUUAGAUUGAUAAUUGAUCAGUGAUAAAAUGCACUAAACGCAUCAAUUGCUUUAUGAAAUGCAGUCAUUGGACUGCUGAUGUGUGAUUUUUGCUUUGUAUUCUAUAUACUGUAUAAUGUACUGUUGGUCUCUCUUAGCAUAAAACAUGCCAAUAAUGUAAUAAAACAAAUUUAAAAGCAAUA